CGCUGCAGGGCGCUGGGUGCCGAGAGGUCGGCCCCGGGUCAGCCUGCCCGGGCCGGGAGCCGAAGCAAGGCCUACCUGCCGGGCACCCCGUUAGGCCUUCCUCGCCGGGCCGCACUGGGGCUCCAGCCGACUGGACAGCCGCGCCCCGGCUUUCCGCACAGGGCCCUGCCCGCCGGGGAUCGCUCCACGCCGCCGCCUUCACCUCGCCGGGGCUCCCGAGAUUCCAGUCGGGGCUCCUUUGCGUUCCGAACAGCCCAGCUGUGCAGAAUGCCCCACAAGAUUGGCUUCGUGGUCGUCAGUUCAUCCGGACACGAAGACGGCUUCAGUGCCAGGGAACUCAUGAUCCAUGCGCCGACUGUGAGUGGAUGGCGGUCUCCCAGGUUUUGCCCGUUCCCACAAGAAAUCGUUCUUCAAAUGGUGGAGAGAUGUCGAAUCCGAAAACUGCAGCUGCUUGCUCACCAGUACAUGAUCUCUAGUAAAAUUGAGUUCUACAUCAGCGAAAGCUUGCCCGAAUAUUUUAUGCCGUAUCAAGCAGAGCGCUUUCGAAGACUCGGGUACGUGUCCCUGUGUGAUAACGCAAAGACAGGCUGCAAAGCCCGGGAGCUGAAAUCUGUGUACGUGGACGCUGUCGGGCAGUUUCUAAAGCUGAUAUUUCACCCGAACCACGUCAACAAGUACAACAUCUACAACCAGGUCGCCCUGGUGGCCGUCAACAUCAUCGGAGACCCUGCAGACUUCAGUGAUGAAAGCAAUAGUACUUCUAGGGAGAAGCUCAUUGAUCACUACCUGGGGCACAAUGCAGAGGACCCUGCUCUGGACGGCACGUACACAGGGAAGUCCGACUACAUCUCUCCACUAGAUGACCUGGCUUUUGACAUGUACCAGGACCCCGAGGUCGCGCAGAUCAUCCGCAAGCUGGACGAGAGAAAGCGGGAGGCUGUCCAGGAGGAGCGCUACGAUUAUGCCAAGAAACUAAAGCAAGCUAUUGCCGACUUGCAGAAGGUGGGCGAGCGCCUGGGGAGGUAUGAGGUGGAGAAGCGGUGCGCCGUGGAGAAGGAGGACUACGACCUGGCCAAGGAGAAGAAGCAGCAGAUGGAACAGUACCGCACCAAGGUCUACCAGCAGCUGGAGCUGCACAACCUCAUGGAUGCCGAGCUGAUGAGAAGACCCUUUGAUGUGCCCUUGCAGCCCCUUGCCCAGCCGGGCAGUCCUCGCCUUCAGAAAUCGCAGCCCCAGCUGCUGCAGCAGGAAGAAAGGCUGAGUGAACAGCAGGCCGCGGAGCCACCCAUGCCGGAGCAGCCCUCCUCGCAGCCGCCCGCUGCCACCGGCCCCGGCCCGCAGCCCAAGAACAGCGUGGAGGCGUUGCCCUAUGACGAGCGGCCCCUCCCAGCCAUCUGCAAGCAGCAGGGGGAUGCCCACGUGGAGGACGACCUGAGCAGCAGCGCGGGUGUUAGCGAGGCGCCCCGAGCGGGAGUGCCGGGUGUUCCGUGGGAGCCAGAGCCCCUGACGGAGAAAGCCCUGAGAGAAGCCAGCUCUGCCAUUGACGUGCUCGGGGAGACGCUGGUUGCUGGGGCCUAUUCCAAGACGUGGUCGUACCGGGAAGACGCGCUGCUUGCUGUGCAUCAGAAGCUCCUGGACAUGCCCGUGGGGACCCCGAAAGAGGGCCUGAAGAGCGUGCUGAGAGCGGCCGUCUUCCUCGUUCACAGAGCCGCGAAAGACACGGUGACCCCUGUCUUCCAGGCUUCUCUGAAGCUGCUGAAGAUGCUCAUCACACAGUACAUCCCAAAGCACAAGCUGAGUAAACAGGAGACGACCCACUGUGUGGAGAGAGCCAUCCCCACCCUGCUCACCAGGACCGGCGACUCCUCCAGUCGGCUGCGCAUCAUGGCUUCCAACUUCAUCCAGGAAAUGGCCUUAUGCAAAGAAGUGAAGUCUCUCCAAGUUAUCCCAACGUACUUGGUCCAGCCAUUAAAGGCCAACUCUUCAACCCACCUGGCCAUGAGUCAGCUGGACCUCCUGGCGAGGCUGCUGAAAGACCUGGGCACCGAGGGUUCGGGCUUCACCACCGACAGCGUGAUGAGGUUUGCAGUGAGUGCCCUGGCGCACCGAGUGUGUGAGGUACGAGAGGCAGCAGUUAGAGUCAUCCUGGACCUGUAUAAACAGCACCAGGCUUUCGUUCUAGAGUACCUGCCGCCCGACGACAGCAACACGCGCAAGAACGUCCUCUAUAAAACCAUUUUUGAGGGAUUUGCUAAGAUAGACGGCAAGCCGACCGAAGCUGAAAUUAGGGUCCAGAGAAAGGCAGCCACAGAAGAAGCGGAGAAGCAAAAGAAGGAAGAGAUCAAAGUUCUGCAAGACCAGUUGGCAGCACUGAAGGAGAUCCAGGCGGAAGUCCAGGUGGGCGAGGCUAAUGCGUCUGCCUUCCCGGUGGGUAGAAUGUGUGCGCUCUACGGACAGCCUUGGAGGGUGGAGAGCACAGCACAUCUGAUUCACUCUCUGAGGUGGGGACAGAUGGGUGUCUCUGCAUUGCUGUUUGAAUUGGGAUACAGGAAAGUUGCCAGCAGGGCCAGUCCAGGCCAGGGGCUCUUUGGCUCUUCACCCCAGACAGACCCAGGACUGGAGCAGGGGACGCAGGGCGCUGGAGCAUUUAGGAGCGGGCCGAUGCUGCUGCCCCGGGCUGGGUUUUCACGCAUCCCUGUUCUGUUCCAUUUCAGCUUAUGUAUUUUCUGUGGGGAGAGGAAUGAGGCCUUCACAGAGGAAGGCCUGGACCUGCAUUACUGGAAACACUGUCUCAUGCUGACCAGAUGUGACCACUGCAAGCAGGUCAGUCAUCUCCUCCCCUUACAGGCAUGGAAGGUUCACCUGAUGGGUCCUGCCGGCUGCACCAUGAACAUGCGCAAGACACACGUCCUAUACAAGGCACAGGUGCCUCCACUGGGUAAAGGCUCAGCAAUGGCAAGAGCAGGCACCUCGGGGACCAAGGCUGGAAGCAAGAUCCCCACCCCAAAAGGAGGCCUGAGUAAAAGCUCCAGCAGGACAUACACGAAGCGGUGACACGAGUACAGAGCCCCUUGUCACCCUCCGUGACCAGGCAGACCCUCGGACUCAACAUUUCUCCUCCAAUCAGCCUUUGGGGCCGGCACCACCAGCUCCCACUAAACGGUGGGUCUGGGCCUGACCACAGUGCCAGGAUUCCAAAGCGCCUAUGCGUUCCUGGUUCUGACCUCAGUCUUUGUGGCCACGCCACUGGCUCAUGCUUGCUGCGGACAGUGGAGCAGCGGGUUAGCACAGCAUCCAUCGACAGCACUCCAGGAGCGGCGGCCAUCCUGGGACACUCCCUCCGACCCUUGGCAUCUUCACCUCCCCACGAGGGGGCUGUCCUCAGAGGACCCCAGGAGGCAGGGGAAACAGCAGUCCCAGAAGAGCUUCUGUGGGUUUGCUUUGACUCUGAUGACAGCAACGGUCUCAUCUAAUUGUCCUUCCCUCUGCUGCACCGUCCCCUAGCCCCCCACCCACGCAGCACAAGAGGGCUCAGCACCUCCAGCACAUGUGUUUGCCGCUCACUCAGAAUAAAGGUCAGAGGGCAGUCGGAGCAGAACAGACGUGACUGAGGGCUGCUCCCCCAGGCUCCCCUUGCUGCCUGGCUUGGUGGGUCAUGACAUCUGUGCCACCUUCAUUCCCAGCACAGCCCUGGCCUGCCCAGCCGAGUGCACCCCAGACAGUAAGGGCAGCGCAAGUAUGGAUUGGGGGGUAGGGAGGGGGCAGGAGGGGGUCCCUCCUUCUUGGAGAGGCACUGCUGAUUCCCUACCCGAGCGAGUCGUUAAGGAAAAAAAUUAUGACAUUCUUUCCUAGCUGAUUGUCAGUGCAUUCGUCAGAACCAGCCUGUCCUACCAGCUGGGGCGUAAAUACAGGUUUGCUUUUCAUUCUGACUCGAGCAAGAACACUUCGAACACCCUGACCCUCAGGACGAGCCUGCCCACCCUGUGCGCUGAGGUGCAUCACCUGGGCCACGCGAGUCGCUCGCACUUGGAACUCAUCUUCAAGCAGGUUACUUACAUGAAUUUAAAGGACCAAAACCCCGCUUAGCGUGGCGAGAGCCGACCUCAGAAAGUGCUCUGUAGACCCGCCCCUCAGACCCUCCCUGUGGAAAUGGGCCCCAGCUUCCUGCCGGGCAUUUCCUCUCCAAGAGGACUGCUCUGAAAUGCCACUGCCUCCCCUGCAGUGCCCAGUCCACUAGAGGGGUAGGAACGUUUUCGCUGUCUUCAGCACACAAGUGUACCCCCGACCCAGCAAUAAGGAUUAUGCUUACUUCCCGAAUGUUACACGGACGGGCUUUCAAAAUGACAGAAAUGCUUGGGAUUGAUGAAAUGUGCAUCACACAAUUAGGGUAGAAAUACUGUUCAGUUCCCGUCCAUGAGAGAACAGAAUGCGCAAAGCUCAGGACUAGUGGAGCAGUGCACCCCGAGUGUCUGUAGCCAUGCGUGUGCAGGAACUAACCUCCGUUUCCGGCUCACUAAAACCUCCUCACAGGACUGGCCGAGAAGACUGAGCGUGAUGAGAUAGGCCAAAACCACGCUCUUUCUAGAAACCACUACAUCAGGGAUCACAGGAGGGAGAAAUCACCUUGCAAAUCAAAGUACAGAUGCCAAGAUGUGUAUCACGUGAUGUUUUAGGCUUUCAAGGGGACAUUAGCCAUUAUUUUCUAACCCAUUUGUAACAUAUAAA